GCAAAGGUGCCUCACUGAUGUUCUCCAAACACCAUCAUCGUGAGAUUGGAACCAAAAAAGGGUGCAAAUCGCAUUGAAAUGGUGUGGCACUGGGAUCCAAAUGAUCCCUUAGUUUAUCAUAGUUUACAUAAACAAUGUAUCAGGUUUGGACACUUUAGUUUGUCUCCUGGGGAACAGAUCAGUAAUUUGAGCUGUUAUCUUGAAAGCUCCUGAACUCUCCAUCGAUCUCUCGCUUUUGUUGAUUCGUUUAUUCCUGCAAAAAACAGAACCUUUUACGUUCAUUUCCUCUCUGGAUUCUGAAACUGGAAAAAGUACAAUGAUUGCGAUAAAGAUAACAGAAAAGUCAAGAAUUACAGAAGGGUGUUUCAGAGAACCAUCUGAAAUAUCGACUUUUGAAAUUAGUAACGAGAUACAGAACAAAUACAGAAAAACAAGUAAUCAUUGGCCCUACAGUAUUUGGAUCUUCUCCAAACGAAGUUUCAUGCACAAUUCUCUCAAGGGCCCCCUCUAGAUCUUCCUACAUCAGAAAGAGAAUGGACCCACUUGACCCUAGCAAAAUGUGAACAUUUUAAGGCUUCCAAGUUCAGAACUCACAAGGAGAAUAUAGCUAGGAAUCUGGCCUAAAACAAUCAAUUUUAGCUUCUAUCAGCUCACUACCACAAACAAAAAUUCAAUGGCUGUGUCCCUAAACCUUCCAACUCUUCCCAAUUUGUACUGCAAUGAGGCAGCAACGGAGGUUGUCUCCAGGGAAGCUGAUGAUGAUGAGUGUGAAAUUGUUACUUUUGCUUCAGAUUCAGAUUCCUUCAUCGACUAUGACGAGGAUUCUCUAAUUAAUAUGUUUGAUUCUGAGGUGGAUCAAAUGCUGGAAUCUAAGGUUCUUUCAAGUUUUUAUGAUCUUCCUGAUAUUGUUAAUGCUCGUCAAGAGGCAGUCCAAUGGAUGUUAAAGGUACACUCUUUCUACAGAUUUAAGCCUGAAACUGCUUAUCUUUCUAUCAACUACUUGGACCGUUUCCUCUCAGCUCGAGCAUUGCCGCAAGGGAAAGGGUGGCCUAUGCAGCUUUUAUCAGUAUCAUGCCUUUCUCUGGCAGCAAAAAUGGAGGAAACAACCGUUCCCUUUCUCCUAGACUUUCAAAUAAUAAAACCCAGAAUCUUGUUCAACCCCAAAACAGUCCAAAGAAUGGAGCUUUUAGUCAUGGACACUCUGAAAUGGCGAUUGCGCACCAUUACUCCUUUUGAUUUUGUACAUUAUUUCAUUUCGACGAUUUCAUGUAUCAAAUAUUCACAACAAAACAGCCUGUGUCACCUUUAUUCUUGUGCCUCAGAUAUCAUUAUUAGUACAUGUAAAGCAGCCAUUGAUUCCCUGGAUUACCCUCCUUCAGCAUUUGCAGCAGCCGUGGCACUAUGGCUGACAAAUCACAGUGUUGAUGACCAGGAUUUAGCCCAUUUGGGGUGCUUGCAGAAUAGAGUACACAAAGAGAUGGUGAAGAAGAUUUACAAGAUCAUUCAGGGAAAAAUGUCUAGUUUGGAGCCACUGCCACCAAGUCCCACUGGCGUACUUGAUGCUGCUAUCCAAGGAAGCUGCAAACUGCAGAAGAUUGGCAACAAGAAUAUGAAUUCAAGCUAUAAUAACUCACAGCCAAAUAAGUGCUAAAAGAGCUGAAGAUUAAAGUUUGAUUUACUGAUAAUAAAGAGAAUGUGUUUUGGUUUGUGAUGUUUAUGCAAUUCUUUUUUACAAAGUGUCCAUUGAUUUUCUUCUUUCUUUUCUUUUGGUUUUUGGGUGUGCUAUUUGACUAUGGAAAAGUGAUUUUGAUUUGUAAUCAGGAAGUUUUUCUCAGAUUGAUAUUCACUUGAUGCAUUAAUAUCUAC